AUGCCUCGUCUCUCUAUUAGUGAAGGAAAUGACCAAAUUAGGAAAGAGUAUAUCGAAUUAAUGGCCGAAACUAAAGAAAAGAGAAAAUCAUCUUCUGAAGGUUCUUCUGGCCUUUAUUCAAUCUAUUGUCGUGCAAAUGCUCUAUUAGACUCAGUUACGAAUGCUCCCGAGCUUAGAUUAGAUGCGAAUGUGGCGGGAGAAGUAGUUGAUCUUGAAAGUAGUCGGUUGGCUAAAUUAUGUGCUGGAGAUAGAGUAACUCCAGAAGAGUUCAUUUCAUUGCUUAAAGACCAGCCAAGUGGUUUGCAUACAGAUUAUAUCACUACUAUCUUUCGUGGCUGUCGCUUACCAGCUAUACUGGUGUUGAAAGAAGAGGAAGAGAUUCGGCCGCGCAAAGCACCUAGGAAGCCACUAGAAGCUUUGCCAUUAGAAGUACCUAAUACAACGGCCAAGCCACCCCAAGACCAAAUAGAUGCCCCAGAUAAGAUCAAAAGGAUUUAUCAGAUCUUACAAGAACAACAAAGAUUGCCGGUUUUACAGUUGGCAAUUGUUCCUAAUGACUUUGCUAAAACGAUAGAGAAUCUCCUUUAUUUGUCCUUUGCGGUCAGAAUCGAACGGGCCUUUCUUGUUCAAGAAAACAACACUCUCUAUGUUACGUGUGACAAAGACCCACAAGCCGUGCAGUCCUCCCAUCUUAUUCUCACGACCACACAAGAAGAGGUUGAAAAGGCCAUUCAAGAGUUUCAAAUCACCAGAGCCUUAUUAGAGUAG